UGUUUGCUUUUUUUUUAUUUUUAAAACAGAAAUCCAUGUUAUCAUACUUUACAGUUGUAGAAAGUAAAAUAAGCAAAAAGUCCAGUUUUAAGUUUUCCUAAACUAAGACAAUCGAAAAAUUUAACAUUUUUAUUUACUCUUCCUAUACAUUAAAUAGUCGAAAGUAGAAAACAAAGUGGUAUAAAUCUACAUAAACAUUCAUUAACUAAAGCUGAAAAAAAUGUUCACGAGACAACAGCAAAUUAAGAAGAAACACAAGUGGAAUAAAAAGUUUAUUAGUAUUAAGUUCGAGAACACAUGACAAAGAUUUGAUCCACAUGAAAAGGCUUCAAAAGGGAACAAGGGACAGAAGAAGUGAUGGCUGAAAAUGCAGCCAGUAGAGGCGAAAAGAUACGGAACUACUGCAUCGACCAUCAAAAGACUCCAUGGGAUUCGGAAACUGCAUGGAGUGAUGAUACGUUGACACCUUAUGAAUAUAGCCAACGAUAAUUGUCAUGAAGACGGAAUCAUGGGGGACAGGUUCUACACUGCAACAAGAAAGAGCACGAAGAGGAGGAUGGUCAAAUCAGCUUGAUUUCCUAUUUUCUUGCAUUAGUCUUUCUGUCGGACUUGGCAAUGUUUGGCGAUUUCCAUACUUAUGCUAUGAAAAUGGAGGGGGUGUGUUUCUUGUCACAUACAGUAUUGCUAUGUGUGUAUGUGGGAUACCGAUGUUUUUUCAAGAAGUGGCGAUGGGACAGUACCUUGGAUCUGGAGGGUGCACAUUGGUAGGACAAUUAUGCCCUAUUUUCAAAGGAGUGGGCUCUGCUACAAUGACUUUAGUGUUCUUUCUCAACGUAUACUACUGCAUAAUUAUUUCUUGGACACUAUUUUAUUUGAUAAGCACGUUCUAUUAUUUUCCAGAUCUUCCUUGGCAGUUUUGUGAUAACUACUGGAAUACUAUAAACUGCUAUUCCCCUUAUAGUGUAGGAAAGAUAAGUAAAGUAAAUGCUACAAUCUCUUCAGUGGAAGAAUUUUGGAAAUUUAGAGUUUUGGGAAUGACAAAUGGCAUUACUGAAAUUGGAGGUAUCAGAUGGGAGCUUUUGCUGUGUUUGGUCUUAGGGUGGUUGAUGGUGUACCUCAUUGUUUGCAAAGGAAUUCACAGAAGUGGAAAGGUCAUUUGGGUUUCCGCACUGUUUCCGUACAUUGUGUUGAUAAUUCUGUUUGUGAGGGCAAUUACUCUUCCUGGUGCAGGUCAAGGGCUCUUUUACUUCAUAUACCCACAGUGGGAAAAACUUUUGUACCCUAAACCUUGGAUUGAUGGUGCCACGCAGAUUUUCUUUGCAUACAGUAUUGGCACUGGAGCACUGCCUGCAUUAGGAUCAUUCAAUAAUUUUCACCAUAACUGUUAUAGGGAUACUGUUAUAACUUGCAUUGUCAACACUUUAACUAGUAUUUUGGCUGGAUGUGUUACUUUCUCUAUUUUGGGCAAUCUGGCACAUGAGCAGCAAUUGAGUGUUGACAAAGUUGUAACAUCAGGUCCAGGGCUUGUGUUUCUUACAUAUCCAGAAGUAGUGGUUAAACUACCUGGAGCAUCUGCCUGGGCAGCAAUUUUCUUCAUGAUGCUAAUUGUGCUUGGGAUAGACAGUGAAUUCUGCUUGGUUGAAUCAUUCAUUACAGGAAUGGUGGACAAUUGGCCUAAGCAACUGAGACCACACAGAGGGAAAUUCACUUUUGUAAUUUGCUUUAUGCUUUUCAUUUUAGGCAUUCCAAUGGUGACUAGGGGAGGAUUUUACAUUUUCAAAUUAAUGGACUAUUACUCCGCAUCGGGAAUCAGCUUGCUAUGGGUAUGUAUUUUUCAGACAGUCGCACUCUCCUGGGUAUUCGGUGCCAAGAAGGUUGGAGAUUGCAUCGAAGAAAUGCUGGGCAAUAGGCCCAACAAAUUCUUGCAUAUAUGUUGGGUCUACUGUGCACCAAUAACAAUGAUUGGAAUUUUUUUAUUCUACAUGGCUCAGUUUACACCGUUACAAAUUGGAGACUACGUUUAUCCGUUCUGGGCCCAAUUUAUCGGAAUAUGUAUAAGUAUGGCAUCAAUGCUAUGGAUUCCAGGAUAUGCCAUUUACUAUUUAAUUGUAACUCCUGGUCCACUGAUUCAAAAAUUAAAAGAAGGAACAAAAGCGAAAGCUUUAUAUGAGGAAGAUCCAUUACCGAAAAAUUUGCUUCCUUGGUCUGACAGUAGUGCAGUUCUGUUAAAGAGAAGCUCCUAUGAUGAAAACCACUAAUUUUAGCCAUUGUUCACUUUUACCUAAAAUGCCUGUAGAGAAGAAAAAAGUAAAAGAGGUCACCUUCAAGCCCAAUUCCACGGAUUUUAGGGACAGAACUUUAACAAUGCAGGAAGUGGAAAUGUUUACCUUUGUAAAAUAGAAAAUAAAAUUAUUUUAUAUCAGUUGUUUA